CCGAAGUCAGUCCAAGAUGGCGGACUGACGCUUAUGUUUUGUGAUGUUUAAGACCAAACGUUAAAAAAACUAUUAUUAAGAUGACCUUCCUAAAAAAACGACUAACCUAGCUGUUCUGGAUGUCACAGAAAGGAUCAGCUUUAACUACAAAAUAGGUUUGUAGCUGUACACAUAGCGAAAGGAGUCCCAAAUGAAUCGGUCUGAGACACUCGAUACUUCCAGGAACGGACGCUGACAUAAUCGGAAAAAGGACGAACAGCAUGUCAAGUGCACAAAGUGGCGGAGCUGUCAGCUCCCAGUCCGGCCAAAACGCAACACAAACAUCGAGUAGCGAACCAAAUCGUCAAAACAACCUCCAACGGAUUGCACAGAAGAAAUCACAAGUCAAGGGCUGGCCACGGAACAAAAAGUUGGAAAAACUCGCCAUUUACUCAUCUUGCAAGGUUCGUCUUCCCCACGGUGUUGAUGAUGGGUGCAAAUGUAACGGGUGGAAAAACCCUAACCCACCGCAAACCCCUCAACGCCCAGAAGGACCUCAGCCGCUCGCAAGCCUGAACGAUCCGUGCCGUAGCUGUGGUCACUUCCUUGGAGCUCACGUGUCACACUUGGAAAGCGCCCACGAAGAUGAGCUGAACCGUCUACUGGGAAUCGUUGUGGAUGUUGAAAACAUGUUUAUGUGUGUUCAUCGGGAAGAAGAUGCUGAUACGAAACAAGUGUAUUUCUAUUUAUUCAAGCUUCUGAGAAAAAGCAUCCUGUUAAUGACCCAGCCAACAGUUGAAGGGCCGCUCGGAAAUCCACCAUUUGAAAAACCAAGCAUUGCAAAGGGUGUGACCAACUUUGUGGUUUUCAAGUUUGGCCACUUAUCACAGAAAGAGUGGCAGACUAUGUACGACUUGGCCAAGAUGUUCCUGCACUGUUUAAACCACUGGAAAUUGGAAACUCCCUCCGCACGAAGGCAACACUCCGCCAACGAGGAUGUCGGCACGUAUAAAAUUAACUACACAAGGUGGCUUUGCUUCUGCCACGUGCCAGCAUUCUGCGACAGCCUUCCUCAUUCUGAAACAACCAUGAUAUUUGGAAGAACGCUGUUGCGGUCAGUGUUUCAAACCAUGCGCCGCCAGCUACUGGACAAAUUUAGGGCCGAGAAGGACAAGAUGCCACCGGAGAAGAGAACUCUUGUCCUCACCCAUUUUCCACGGUUCCUCUCAAUGUUGGAAGAGGAGGUUUAUGGAACCAACUCACCAAUCUGGGACCCAGACUUCAAACAGAACCCUCCUGUUGCUGCCAUGACCGCAUCCGCUGAGAGGACUGGCUCUAGCAGCGGAACUCCCCAUGCGAGAACUUUCGAGAAGCUGGCAGUUUCGACGUCGCCCAACUCUGGUUCGGAUCGGUACGCGACGUUCAGCCUCAGCCCGAGCACGCACGCAACCAACAGGCUCUCCAAGUCCAUCAGCACUGCGGAUGGCCAAGGGGAAAAGCGCCCACAUGAAGAUGGAGGCAACCUCGAUGCCAAGAAGCGCAAAAUUGAAGGUGAUUUAUCUGAAGAGGUGAUAGCCCAGAUCGUGGCCACCAUAACAGACCCCAAAGACAUGAUUGGACCGGAGAACAGCACCUUCUCGGAGCUGGCAGCGCGUGACGAGGCAGCUAGGUCAGAGGAGCGCAAGGGAGUCAUCGGGUUCCACAUGGUGUGCAACUCGCUCGGCAGGCGGGUGGACCAGCAGUCUUUGAUAUGGCUGGUGGGGCUGCAGAACGUCUUCUCACACCAGUUACCAAGGAUGCCCAAGGAGUACAUCACCCGUCUCGUCUUUGAUCCAAAGCACCGUACACUAGCUUUGGUAAAGGACGGCAGAGUCAUUGGAGGGAUUUGCUUCCGUAUGUUUCCCAGUCAAGGCUUCACCGAAAUUGUCUUCUGUGCCGUAACUUCGAACGAGCAAGUGAAGGGUUACGGGACACACCUGAUGAACCACCUCAAGGACUAUCAUGUCAAGCAGAACAUCCUCCACUUCCUGACAUUUGCAGAUGAAUUUGCAAUCGGGUACUUCAAGAAGCAGGGCUUCUCAAAGGAAAUCAAGCUCCCCAAACCUGUGUACACGGGUUACAUCAAGGAUUACGAAGGAGCCACUCUCAUGGGUUGCGAACUGGAUAUGAGGAUCGUGUAUACAGAGUUCAGUCAUGUCAUCAGGAAACAGAAAGAGAUUAUCAAGAAGCUCAUUGAAAAGCAGCAAGAGCAUAUGCAGAAAGUUUAUCCGGGCGUUACAUGUUUCAAAGAAGGUGUGAGAGAAAUCCCCAUCGAAAGCAUUCCAGGGCUUCGUGAGGCUGGUUGGAAACCAGGCAAAAGACACAGUAUAAAACAAGAACAGAUAGACCCUGACCAGCUGUAUCAGACAAUGAAGUCAGUGUUGAUCCAAGUCAAGAAUCACGCCAGUGCUUGGCCGUUCCAAAAACCAGUAGAGAAAUCUGAAGCUCCGGACUACUAUGACCACAUAAAGUAUCCAAUGGAUUUGCGGUCCAUGUCGGAAAAGCUGAAGAACCACUACUACACCAACAAGCGCCUGUUCAUCGCGGACAUGCAGCGGAUCUUCAGCAACUGCCGCGCCUACAACAGUCCGGACACGGAAUACUACAAGUGCGCAAACACCUUGGAGAGGUUCUUUCAAAACAAGAUGAAGGAGGCAGGGUUGUGGGACAAGUAAUGGGAAGAGGCACAAUGGGGGAGGAGGCACGGGGGCUUUCAUCACUGUGUUUCGUAGAGCAUCCCUUUGUACAGAAUAUUUUAUGUUGCCGUUGUAUUUGUUUUCUGCGUGAGUGGUUGUAUAUUCGUGAUUGGAGACCCAUCAUGUCAUUUAGUAUAACACUACUUUCAUGGAUUGAACUUUCGUUGUGACGUUGUAACGGAGAGAAACAAUGCGAGAGCAAACUGUACAUGAAAUUGCGAACACAAAAACGUGCUUCUGUAUGAAUAAACACUUGCUCCGACAAUGUGCAUGUGAGCAACUGAUGUGUGUUAGUCAGCCAAAACGUAAGGUUAUCGGUGCAAAAUUAGUAAAUGGUAUCGAAGCUCAUUUUACUAGGUGAGACAGUUAUCAAUUAUCGCAUGUACGUAAAUCUUCUUGCAUGCCUGCCAUACUUUUCAGUUUGUGAAUUUACUGUUCUUCAAUGCACGUUUGUGCACAGUGGCGAAGUCCUCAUUUAAGAAACACUUGCCGUUUGGCUACACACUUGGUCACUAACAUUUAAAGCAUGAAAACAUGUGGCCUGUGCAUUUUAAGAACUGUGGAUCGUGAAUGAGCCUUCAGUACUACUUCAUACUACAUGCAGUCUGUCUGACAGACCUUUCCUUUGCUUAUGUUGUUGGCCAAAUGACAUAUUCGGGAUACAAGCAGCUUAAACUUUGCCUCUGCAUCAGCAUUUAUGCAAAGAAGCACACAAUUGUGUCCUGAUUAUUGUGAAAUGUUCAGAGACUUUUCUUCACUGAAGAGUGAACCAUGCUCUUAACUGUGUUUACGAGCUUUAUUUCGUUGUUGUAAUACUGCUGACAGAGGUUUCUAAAGAAUGAUUUUUUUUUUCUGCUGAGACUCUGAUGAGACUCUGAUCUCAUUAACCUGAGGGCUUCUUGAAAUUUCCAUUAUCAUUUGUAAAAAGUACAAGGUGUAUAUUGCAAUAAAACGUGUGUUAGUGGUGCACAAAUAAAAUGCAGCUUGCACCAUUUUUGCAGUGCACCAUCA